UAUUAUGUGUCUUGGUUGUUGUGAAUCAUGAGAUAGUGUUAGGAGUAUUUAGUGGGUACAAAUAUUUACUCUGAAUAAAACCUACUGAACAGUUAUAUAUACGUAGAAAGAUUGAAAUGUACAAUGAUUAACAUAUUAGAACAACCCAACACACAACGUUAUUAAUGGGUUUUAAAAAUCUGGAUAGUAUUUAUGUGCUGUGCAGUUUGUAUUCAGUUUGGUAAUUUUUAAUAGCUUGGUUAUGCCCAAGUAUGAUGAUACAUUUUUGUGUGUCCCAGAAAGAAAUAUUAAGUGUUACAAGGUCAGGAGUUCUAAGCCUUCUUCAAGUAGCAUACUCUCAGUCAGCUAUUUAUACUUGGGAUAUGAUUGUAAUACAGGUGACUCGGGUGAGGGCACUCCUAGAGCUAAAGGGGGGAAGCUGGCUCGGCGUGCUAGAUCGUUCAAAGAAGAUUUUCUGGACAUUUUGGCUCAAAUGCGGUCACCAGCAGGGGCCAGGUCCGGGUCCCCCAAGCCAAGCCCAAAGCAUCGUACCACCAGUGGCAGUGAACCCCCGGCUGAACUGGAGCGCAACCCUCUCAGAGACCUUGACCUGCAUGUCAGACAGGUUCAGUUUGCUUUGAAGCAUUUUCGAGAUGUGGUGUCAAGGAACAAGUUGGAGGUGCUACCAGGGAAUGGAACAGUUGUACUGGAGACUGUCACAACUAUCCAUAGUGUUCUCAAAACUUAUGUCUUCAUCGACCAGAGCUCAGCUCUGGUGUCUGCCACCAACCAGGUGUACCAAAGUCUGGCCAAACUGAUCCGACUCUGUGAUGAUGUUCUAUUGAUGGGAGACAAGGCUAUCAGCAAAGAAAAUGUCACUGAAGUUGUCCAUCUUGUUGAAGAUGCUGUACAGAACUUGGUGACACUAGCCAGUGCAAAGAUCAUGGAACACAGCAGCAAGACACUGAACCACAGUAAGCCUCAGUUGGACAGGAGUUCCACUUAUUCCCUGGAGUUCUCCCAGCGCAGCUCCUUGCCUGACAUCCCUUUGACCCCACGAGAACGCCAGAUCCUGGAACAGACAUCACAGUCAGUCACCCCCCACCACUCUCUCAGCUCCGAGUCCGUCCUGCAUGAUGAUGUUCCUCCCCCUAAGCCACCCCUACCCAACAGGUCCUGGGGUAGUGAUUCACCCCCUCCUCUACCCCCCAAGCGACGGGCAGCCACACAGUCCAUGGAGAGGCUUUCCUUACGCUCUAAUAACUCUUCCCUUGGCAGCGUAGAUUCCAUGCUCAACUCUUCUUUGAAGGAUGAUGAUGAACUUCAGGCUUUAGUGGAUGAAGAUAGUUCAAUAAAUAUGGAUUCUGUCCAGCAUACACAUGGUAUAGGGGGUAGUCUACUAAAUGGGUCCAGUGGCUCGUGUUGUUGCUGGGACAGUUCCUGCAGUACAAUCUCACAGGAGCAGACCCAGGCCCGUUAUUCUCCAGACCAUGUUUCCAACACAGUUGUAGCAGAAAGAAUGUCAUCAUCGUCAGGUUUUGUGUCAAUGCGGAGUUCGAGCCAGAGCUACAAGAGCAGCUGUGUGGAGUCUAAGACCCAAAGUGUGACUGUGACCACCACUGUGCAGCAGAAGAGCUCAGAGAGCUACAGCAGCUCUGUGACUGUGAUACCUCCCGCUCUGCCAGUGAAGCAGAGAUCUCGGAGGGAGCGUCACCCCUCACAGUAUGACAAUGUCCCACCUCCAGAUAACACCAGCCCCACUCGCCCUCCUCCCUUGCCCCUUAAAAAGAAGCACAUGUUUCAGUCAGUGGCUUAUUCGGUAAUGGCGUACAUGGAGAUGUUUGGCAACUGCUCACAGCCCAAUACUAGUGAGUACCUGCGUCACUCUGUACACACAUACAGCUUACUGCAGGCAGAGUGGCAACAGCAUGAGCUCACCCUCAGUUCUACACAGUCCUGCUCGUUCACUCACCACUUCACACCCAGCCCGGACAUGCACAGUGUGUCACCGUCACCAGCACUGGAAAGGUUAGAUACUCCACCUGCUCUGCCACCUAAACAGCGUGACCGCCAGAACUCUGCAGCAACCAGUCCUCCAUCUGUCAGUCCUGUGCCUGCACCUCUCAAGGAAGUGGAGGAGAAAGUGCGACCAGGUGCAAGCACAGGGUCACGGCUGUUACUGCCACUGACACCAACCCCCAAUGGCUCUCAGCUGGCUCCAGACUCUCCCCUAGAUAUGUUGGAUGUCACUCAGCUGCUCGUCCUUAAGAAGACUGAUGAAGAAGGACCAGACAUACGAGGUGGUCAUCCUGAUGCCCUAAUUAUUCAUGCUACUAAAGCAAAUAAGAAUGAGGAAAAAGAGACAGACUUCUUGUAUCAAGAAGCAUUUCUGACAACGUACAGAACGUUUUUAACACCAUUGGAUCUGAUUGAGAAACUUUGUCGACGGCACGAGAGAUUCAGUAGGUCCUCAGAAACAGCCAAACAACGAGCAGCAAGGGAGGCUUUCUCACUUCUAGUCAGAGUAGUUAGUGAUCUGACAAUGUCAGAUUUUGAACAGACUGUGAUUCAGAUGUUGACUGAUUUUGUGUAUCAGCUACUGUGCAGUGGAGAUUUGAUCAUGGCAAAAGCACUGAGAGUUAAGAUACUGGAAAAAUAUAACAACAAGCGGCUCUACAAUGUCACAUGCACUCUUUUGCCAUCUCAGAAUGUCUAUACAAGGCAGGCUUCAUUGUUGGAUUUUAAAUCAGAACACAUCGCAGAGCAAAUGACUUUGCUAGAUUCAGAACUAUUCAUGAAAAUUGAGAUACCAGAAGUUUUAAUUUGGGCUCAGGAACAAAAUGAAGAAAGAAGUCCAAACCUCACUCGAUUUACUGAACACUUCAAUAAAAUGUCAUAUUGGGCAAGAUCUAGAAUUUUAGAGCAAGCAGAUGCAAAAGAUCGAGAAAGAUAUGUUGUAAAAUAUAUUAAAAUUAUGAAACAUUUACGAAAAAUCAACAACUUCAACUCGUACUUGGCAUUGCUGUCUGCACUGGAUUCUGCACCCAUCAGGCGGCUAGAGUGGCAGAAACACAUCACAGAGGGUCUGAAGGAGUAUUGUGCUCUGAUAGACAGCUCCUCUAGCUUCCGAGCUUACCGACAAGCCUUGGCUGACACGCAACCACCCUGCAUUCCGUACAUUGGGUUAGUUUUACAAGACCUCACAUUUGUACAUAUUGGGAACAGUGAUUUCCUCUCUGAAGGAGUAAUAAAUUUUUCAAAGCGAUGGCAGCAGUUUAACAUUGUUGAAAAUAUGAAAAGGUUCAAGAAAGGAGUGUACAGUUUCAAGAAAAGUGAACGCAUCAUUGCUUUCUUCAGCAACUUUGAUGAGUUUUUGUGUGAAGAGGCCAUGUGGCAAAUAUCAGAAAGUAUCAAACCACGUGGCUCCAAAAAGGUUGUCCAAUAAUACUGGAGUUUUUGUAGUUUUUUAAGUUACCAUAUUUUAUAACCUUCUAACCAUAUUUAUAGGUAAUUUUUUGCACUUUUAACACUUGUUUAAAUGUAAUAUAAAGUAAGGAGAAACGUCACAACUUAUGUUUUUUUGUUUAGUUGUCUUCUUCCUGUUUUGACGUAGUAUGAUCUAACAGUAUUAGGUGAGAUUCGGUCUGCCUUUAUGUACCCGUAUAGGUUAAUGUAAUGGUAACAAUGCUUUAAUUAUUAAAUCUAUUGUAAAGAUCAAACUUAACAAUGAAUCUAAGCAACGAAGUGGUGAUGUGACAUCUGAAGGCCUAACAGUCAAGUGUGUGUUCAUGUUUGUGUGAUCGUAUGUAAGCGUGUGUGAUUCAAUUACGCAAUAAAUUAUUAAAUGUAAGAUUUUUAUUGUAUGUGAUACAUUUUAUUUGUUUUAGUAAACCACUGUUUUUGUGGCUGUUUGUAAAUAUUUU